UCCGAGAUUUCCCCGACUCGCCACGAAACCGCAGAAAGACAAAGACGGACAGCAACCACUGCGAGAGGCGUAAUACUAGUGCUCGCUUCUCCGCUCCUUCCACCUUGACUUGAUCUCGCCAUGGCCGCCACCGUCGCCGUGGAGAACCUGAACCCCAAGGUUUUGAAAUGUGAGUAUGCAGUCCGUGGAGAGAUUGUCAUCCAUGCUCAGCGCUUGCAGCAACAGCUACAGACUCAACCAGGAUCUCUACCUUUUGAUGAGAUCCUGUAUUGCAACAUUGGAAACCCACAGUCUCUUGGUCAGCAGCCAGUUACAUUCUUCAGGGAGGUUCUUGCGCUUUGUGAUCACCCAUACCUGUUGCAAAGAGAUGAAAUCAAAUCAUUGUUCAGUGCUGAUUCUAUUUCUCGGGCAAAGCAGAUUCUUGCCUCGAUUCCUGGAAAAGCAACAGGGGCAUACAGUCAUAGCCAGGGUAUCAAAGGACUUCGUGAUACAAUUGCUGCUGGGAUCACCUCACGAGAUGGAUUCCCUGCUAAUGCAGAUGACAUCUUUCUUACAGAUGGAGCAAGUCCGGGGGUGCACUUGAUGAUGCAGUUACUGAUAAGGAAUGAGAAAGAUGGCAUUCUUGUUCCUAUUCCUCAGUAUCCCUUGUACUCGGCCUCCAUAGCUCUUCAUGGCGGAGCUCUCGUCCCAUAUUAUCUCAAUGAAUCGACAGGCUGGGGUUUGGAAAUCUCCGAUGUUAAGAAGCAACUAGAAGAUGCUCGGUCAAAAGGCAUCGAUGUUAGGGCUUUGGUGGUUAUCAAUCCAGGAAAUCCAACUGGACAGGUUCUUGCUGAGGAAAACCAAUAUGACAUAGUGAAGUUCUGCAAAAAUGAGGGUCUUGUUCUUCUGGCUGAUGAGGUAUACCAAGAGAAUAUCUAUGUUGACAAUAAGAAAUUUCAUUCUUUCAAGAAGAUAGUGAGAUCCUUGGGCUAUGGCGAGGAAGAUCUCCCUCUAGUAUCAUAUCAAUCUGUUUCUAAGGGAUAUUAUGGAGAGUGUGGUAAAAGAGGAGGUUACAUGGAGAUUACUGGCUUCAGUGCUCCGGUGAGAGAGCAGAUAUACAAGAUAGCAUCAGUGAACUUAUGUUCCAAUAUCUCUGGCCAGAUCCUUGCUAGUCUCGUCAUGAACCCACCAAAGGCUGGGGAUGAAUCAUUUGCUUCAUACAAGGCAGAAAAAGAUGGGAUCAUCGCGUCUUUAACUCGUCGUGCAAAGUCACUGGAGGAUGCAUUCAAUAAACUUGAUGGAAUUACAUGCAACGAAGCUGAAGGAGCAAUGUACCUCUUCCCUCAGCUUAGUCUCCCACAGAAGGCAAUUCAGGCUGCGAAAGCUGCUAACAAAGCGCCUGAUGCAUUCUAUGCUCUUCGUCUCCUCGAGUCAACUGGAAUUGUUGUUGUCCCUGGAUCUGGGUUUGGCCAGGUUCCUGGCACAUGGCACUUCAGAUGCACAAUCCUUCCUCAGGAGGAGAAGAUCCCGGCAAUCAUCUCUCGCUUCAAGGUGUUCCAUGAGGCCUUCAUGGCGGAGUACCACGACUAAACUGCUCUUGUGCUGUACCAUACAGGACCUUCAUGGAUUUUAUUAUAUAGUCAUUUCGCCCUCUUGACAGCAGCAUCCUGUAGAAUAAACAAAAUAAAGCUAAGCCAUGGCGUCCUUUUUGUGUGUGAUAAAUAUGAGUUAACUGAAACAGAGGCCAGUCUGAUGCUUUUGAUGGCAAAUUGGCAACUGAGGAAAGUUUUAUUUCCCUUCU